UAUAGUUUUGCUUUGUUUAAUUUAAGUUUUCUAACUUGACGGCCGUUAAGUCUUCUUGCACAUGGAUGCUGCGAAGUGCAUGAUGAAGCGCAAAGGGAAAAAUAAGUGCUCUACUUCUAAUGUCCAUACGGAAGAAAUGGAAAUUGGCAUUCCUCUCGUUGCUGGAGUUGAAGCUACCUCACAUUUCAUAACUGACCAUGAAUACAGCCAACAAUGUCCCGAUCUCUCUCGGAGUGAGAGUCCAGUCCUCGAGUCAGCGUGUGACUCUAACCAAGAUACGCCUGUGAAACCUCAGCAAAAGAAAUCUCGAGGAGACAUUUCGCUGACAGAAUUGCAAGAUAACAUAAUUGUGGCUUUGACAUCUAAAAUCAAGGAGAGUGCAGACAAUCUCGGUAAAAUGAUAACCAAAAACACCGUGAGUAUUGAGGGUCUCAAGAAGUCGAUUGACUUUGUGUUUGAAGAAGUCAAUGCAUUGAAAACCGACAUGAAAAAAUGUAAAUCUACUGUGAAUCUGAAUAAUACCAAGAUCUCUGAGCUUGAGCAAAAACUGAAUGAAACCGAACGAUAUCAGCGCAGAUGGAAUCUUCGUCUGUACGGAAUCCCCGAGCAAUCUGAUGAAAACAUCAAGCUGAAGGUUUCCAACAUCUGUGCUGCAGUUGUUCCUGACUCAAACGUGGCGAUUCAAGCUGACAUCGAUAUUGCGCAUCGUCUGGGAAAGCUGGACAACAGGCCAAGACCGGUGAUUAUUCGCUUCGCGAAAAGAUCUACGCGGGAUCUGGUGUGGAGGCAAGCAAAACACUCCGAUUACCUCAGGAACCACAAGCUGAGAUUCACCGAGGAUUUGACUCAGGCAGACAGGAUGCUAAGGAUGAAACUGUGGCCAUUGGUGGAAGCUGCUAGAAAGGAAGGGAAGAGAGCAUUCUUUAUCGGAGGGCAAGCGUUUGUUGAUGGGAAAGCCAUGCAUCCACCACCCUGA